GUACCCCUGCGUCGCGUGGUGUGGAUCAUCCAUAUUGCUGCUAGUGGUGGUGGAGAUAAGGGUUGUAAUCCUUUAACGACACGUUUUCUUUAUAUUUUUACACAUGUUUUAAACCGUCUCGGACUCGCUGAAGAUCUUUAGCAGACAGAGGAGCGGCAGAGGAGCGGAAUAACUUCACAUUUCCUUUGAUAUAUUGAAGGCGAAACCAGGGCCAGGAGGGUAAUCCUGAGGGGGGAAGAAAGACGGCGGUGUGGAGAAAUGGCCACUCAGGUGGAGGCUCUGCUGCCUGGCAACCCGCUGCAGAAGGCGGAGGAGCAGCACGGUAAAGUGAUCCGCGGUGAGCCGGUGGAGGAGGAGGGCGACGGCGGGGCCAAGCAGCGGCAGACGGAGAUGGGUGUAGCCGAGGAAGGGAGCAGCAGCUCAGGCAGCAGCCCCACCACCACCGGGCAGGGUGGAGGAGGAGUGACCGAGGAGCAGACCUCCAAAGCGGCUACAGAAGCAGCAGCAGCCGAGGAGGAGAGCAAAGAAGGAGGUUGUCAUGACAGCGAGGACGGUGUUAAAGGCAGAAAGGAGUUUACUGAAGCUCCACCGCCCAAGGUGAACCCGUGGACUAGGAAGAUGAAUAAUGCGGUGGUGACCGUGGUCAGCGUGAAUGGACAAGCAUCACACCACGAGUCUACCGGCCCCGCCAAGGUGGUGAGAGCAGGGAACCCGCCCAAACCCAGACGUGGAGGAAAGGUUGGAGAUUUCGCCGACGCCAACAGCUGGCCGACUCCUGGAGAGAUCGCGACUAAAGACAUGCAGAUCGAGGCAGUGACACGGACCGUGUCCUGCCCCCCGACUGUCAGGCAGGUCAGAGACUCGUGGAGAUGCACUGCUCCCAAGAAGACGACGAUCGUCAAGAAGGAGUCGAAGGAGUCGAAGGAGAAGAGGGAGAGCAACGAGGAGAGCAAGGAGAACCUGAAGGCCAAGUCGGACGACUCCGGAGAGGAGAAGAACGGCGACGACGACUCCCAGAAGAACGGACCUAAGAAAAAAGGAAACAAGCAGAAAUGGGUUCCCCUGAUGAUCGAGGUGAAGUCCGAGGGUCCCAGGGAGCGCUCGGCCUCCAGGAACAACAGCAGACAGAACGAAAACCCGCGUCUGCCUCCCAACGCCAGGAACGACCUCAGAGACUGGCACAGUCAAAAGUACGAGCGGGAGUGGCGUGACGACCACGACGAGGUGUCCAGCGUGAAGAGUGAAGGAGCGCCGUUCCGCGGAGGGUUCAGAGGUCGCGGACGUGGGAGAGGAAGAGGCCGGGGACGAGGCAGAGGUGGCAGAGGUCACUAUGACUACCACUACGGCUACAAGUCCUACGAUGCGAAAGACGGACCCGGCGCCCAGAAGUUUGGCAACACGGUGACCUACUACUACGACAACAUGAGCAGCAACGACCUUUACUCCGUCGACCAGGACCUGCUGAAGGACUACAUCAAGAGGCAGAUUGAGUACUACUUCAGCCUGGACAACCUGGAGCGAGACUUCUUCCUGCGGAGGAAGAUGGACCAGGAGGGCUUCCUGCCCAUCGGACUCAUCGCAAGUUUCCACAGGGUGCAGGCCCUCACCACCGACGUCAACCUCAUCCUGGAAGCUUUGAAGGACAGUAAGGAAGUGGAAAUUAUCGACAUGAAGAUCCGUCGGAAGGUGGAUCCGGAGCAGUGGCCUCUGCCGGGUCUGGCCAUGCUCAACCAACCACACACCGAUUUCUCCCAGCUCAUCAACUGCCCCGAGUUUGUCCCGAGGCAGAUGCCAGAGGAGCCCCGAGGCUCUCCCAAGGCCUCCACGCCGGUGAAGCAACACAGCAAGACUGAACUAGACAUCUCCAACCUCAAGACGAUGCCCAAGGGCCUCUCGGCCAGCCUCCCCGACCUGGACUCCGAGUGCUGGAUCGAGGUCAAGAAGAGGCCCAGGCCCUCUCCGGCCCGACCCAAGGUCAGCGCAGAGAAGGCCCCCUCGUUGCAGCAGCAGAAGGAAAAGGACGACCCGGUUCGCUCCCCGGUGCCUCAGCCUGGCUCCUCGCCCUCUCCUGCUACCACAGGAACUAAGGAGGGAGUGGAGCAGGACGAGCCGGAGGAGCUCGACUUCAUGUUCGACGAGGAGAUGGAGCAGAUAGACGGACGGCGCAACACCUUCACCGACUGGUCGGACGAGGAGACGGAUGGCGAGAUCGACGACCACGACGUCAACAAGAUCUUGAUCGUGACGCAGACGCCGCCAUACCUGAGGAAGCACCCGGGAGGCGACCGCACGGGACACCACACGUCGCGCUCCAAGCUGACCAGCGAGCUGGUCAAGGUGAUCAACGACGGGCUCUUCUACUACGAGGCGGACCUGUGGGACGACACGUACGAGCCCGAAUACGCCACCAUCAAGCAAGAAGUGGAGAACUUCAAGAAGGUCCACCUGAUCAGCCGCGAAGAGUUUGACUGCCUGACCCCUGAACCCCCCGUCGACCCCAACCAGGCAGUCCCUCCAGGCCCCCCCAAACCCCAGCAGAUCCCCACAGACGCUUUGGCGAACAAACUCUUCGGUGCCCCCGAGCCUUCCUCAAUAGCUCGCUCGCUCCCGACUACCGUGCCUGACUCGCCUAACUACCGCAGUGCCCGGACGCCCCGCACGCCUCGCACACCUCACCGGAAGGACCAGACCAUGACGCCGCGCUUCUACCCCGUGGUGAAGGAAAGUCGACCUGUAGAUGCCAAGACGCCCAGGAAGAGGAAGACCCGACACAGCUCCAACCCCCCCAUGGAGUGUCACGUCGGCUGGGUGAUGGACUCCAGAGAGCAUCGCUCUCGUACCGCCUCCGUCAGCUCUAACGCCAGCCCAUCGGAGGGCACCCCCGCCCUGGGUAACAUCGGCUGCACGCCUCAGUCCCUCCCCAAGUUCCAGCACCCAUCACACGAGCUGCUCAAGGAGAACGGCUUCACGCAACACGUUUACCACAAGUACCGCCGGCGCUGCCUAAAUGAGCGAAAGCGGCUGGGAAUCGGCCAAUCACAGGAGAUGAACACACUCUUCCGCUUCUGGUCGUUUUUCCUGCGGGAUCAUUUCAACAGGAAGAUGUACGAGGAGUUCAGACAGCUGGUGGUCGAGGACGGGAAAGAAGGAUACAGGUACGGUUUGGAGUGCCUGUUCAGGUACUACAGCUACGGUCUAGAGAGGAAGUUCAGGCCAGACAUCUUUAAGGACUUCCAGGAGGAGACUAUGAAAGACUACGAAGCUGGCCAGCUUUAUGGACUGGAGAAGUUCUGGGCCUUCCUUAAAUACUCCAAAGCCAAGACCUUGGAGAUCGACCCCAAGCUGCAGGAGUAUCUGAGCAAGUUUAAACGUCUGGAAGAUUUCAGAAUUGACCCGCCUAUGGAGGAAGGGGGCCGCAGAAGACACUCAUCCAGCGGAGACGGUCGCCGCCGGCACCCCUCUCUGCCCUCCAGCCGGCCCCACAGCCAGGCCAGCUCCGGCCCCAGCCCCGCCCCCACCGCCCAGGGCCCCGCAGCCAAGGAUGAUGCCAAACCCAGCAGCCUGAAAGCCCCCGUCGCCGACCCCGCACCAGAUGCCAAGACACUGAAGUAACUCCACAAACUCGCCGGCCCACAUGGAUCAACUCGACCACGUCUGCAAGUCGCUGGUUCUCUCUGCGCCACAGGAGGGGGGGGAGGGGGCGUCCAGUUCUUCAUUCAAGCAUGAGAAUAUUUUUUUCCCCCCUACAACGACUUUUGAUUGAGAAAUACGGAAGACAUAUAAUUAAUACGGCUACGGUUUAUUAAUUACGUUUUUGAGAAAAAAAUACUUUUUUUGUCUUGAGGCAAGGAAUGGAUAAUGUGUCAAACACUUUUUUUUCUUUUUACAAAUCAUUGCCAAUCCACACGGUGGAUGGUUCAGUGGUGAUUUACAACCCUGGAAAUUUUCCUUUUAUUUUUAUUUAAUUUUUUUUACAUUUUCAUGUUGACCCCCCUCUCCGUCGCUGGGACCCCUCUUUGAUCGUCACUGUCCUGCUUGGCUGAGAGAUAUUUGAUUCCUCCCCCCCAGAUCUCAGAUUUAUGAUUAUUAUUUCUUCGGCAUGUGGUGAGAUUGGAGACUUGGAAAUAGUUUUGAACAAGGCUGAGCAUCUGAAAGCCCCGCUAGCGGCCACGCCGGAGGUCGUGCUGCUCCUGACAUCCAACCGGACCAAAGCGGUUUGAACCGAGCGACUGACAUUUUCCAUCCGCAGAGCCCAACAGUGGCUGAAAAAAAAAUUAAUAUUUGAUUUACUUUAUGGCUGAACAUUGAGGGGGGAAAAUAUUAACGAACCAAAUGAUGAAAAGAGAGGAAAAAAAAGACUUGUAUCAAUCCCUCAGUAUGGACACGAUCAUUGAAAGUUGCCUUAUUUUAAUGGUUUUACUGCUUCUAACUUGUGCCCGCCACCUUAUUGUCGAUUGUACAGCAUUGGAAUCACCCAUAUACCCGAUCACCGUGUCCAGCAGAAGCCACUGCUGUGUCUGCCAAACUGUUUCACCAUCCCGCCCCCCCACCCCUCACUCCGCCACCCUUUCUGAGCUGUCUUCCAAGUGUCAUUCGGUCUGUUACAAGUCCUGUAAUUCUUCCCUGUGUUUGCAAGUUGUGGCUUUUUGUGCUGAAACAAACCUGGUGGAAGUUUGUCGCCUUUCCCCUCCCCCAUAAAAAAAAAAACAAAAACACUUCAGUGGGGUGGAGCGUUGGGAUGAUCUUCCUGACUUUCUCUCGCCCCCCUGCGCCUCCCCGUCAGACGAGCUGCAUCCAUCCGUUCAUCCAUCCGUUUGACAUCCAUCCAUCAGUCGACCAUCAGUGACGAUACAGGACUGGAAUCAUCAAUCUGGAUUACUUGAAGAAGCGAUGGUUAUGAGGAGGGCCGUCGUGCUCUGUCGCAGGUGCUCUGGGUGGAGACGCUCAUGAGGCUCAAGACAAUUUGGCCUCCGACUUCACUGUUAAAGCUGAAGCUCGCUCAGCCCGAUUGGGCCUCGGGCGCUCGCCACCUCUUCCUGUUCCACACUCGGAUACACACACACACACACACAUCAGUUACAGGCAUGAACACUGACAGGUGUAGUCGCACACAGGUACAGAUGUAGCAGUGUGAGCAAGUUGAAUACAAAACACAAACACACCCACACACACACACACAAACACACAGCUUGAUGUCUUGCCUCGCUGUGGACAAAAAUUCAAGACUGGACUCUGUUCUGUCGUCACGCUUCCUACAGUCAACCGCGUGGAUAAUUAAAUCUUUAUCCGACUCGAGUACUGAUGAUAUCAAAUGGGAGAGUGAUUCUUUUCUUCCUCCACUAAUGUAAAUGUGAAUUUGACAGAUGAAGAGAAAUGAUUACAGCUCCCUGCUACUUGUUUUAUUGUUUAUAGAACAGAUUAUAUAUUUGCCUUACAUGUGUACGUACUCUUUAACUUUUUUUUUUUUUUUCUUUUUUUUUUUUUUUUUUUUAAAUGGUCUCAUGAUUAUCAUUUAAUGCUUUUUAAUUUCAAUUUGCAGUGUUUCUAGCGUUGUUGUUGUUGUUAUGAUGGAGGUGGGCUUCGUGUCAGGCUGUUUAAAAACAUCUGUGGAUUUCAGAAACGGGAACAUAGUUAACAACACAAAAGGGAAAGUUGACAUCAGGGCGUCAAUUGGUAUUCAGUGCAACAAUGAAAUCUGUAAGCGUAUAGUGUUUCACGUUGAAAUCAGUUAAUUUGCUCCUUUUUUUCUUCUAGUAAAGAUGUUUUUGCCAAGAUGACAGAGCAGAAUUUCCAACAACAAACCGUUAAUAUGACUCAGACGAAUUAUUAAAUCUUCAGCCCCCUUGGUUUUCUACAAACAUUACGUCUGCUAAGUCUACAAACGCAUAGAAAUGAUUUGAUUUGGGGGUUCAAAUUGAAGGCGUUCACAGAAUUCUGGAAAAAAAAGUCUUAAUACACAUAUGGAUAUCCAGAUGCGUAGUGAAAUUACCCACUUUCUGUUGACACACUGCAAUAUUUGUUGCAAAACUUUUGCUCCCGAGCGAUUUACUGUCAAACAGCCCUGUCACAUGAGUAAAAAAAGUUCAAAUGCAUUUGAGGAAUUAAGAGUUUGGAAAAAGCCUGACAAUGUUUUAGAUCAAACUGUAUUGGACAUCUGUCUCUUUUUUUUCUUUUCUUUUUUUUUAAAAGUCUUUUUGCGUAAUUAUCAUUCAGCCUUGUUGGUUGAUGUUUCGGCAGAGUGGAGGUUCCUGUCAGUGUUUCAGUUUCUUCCUCUAAAUCCACAAUUGUUGGAAACAUGAAAAUGCAAAGCUGUACUUGCUUUUCUUUUUUUUUUCUUUUUUUUUAAUGUUUCGUUGCGUUACCUUAUCAGGGAGAUUUGGAUCCAUUUCAGAGGCUUACAGUUGAUGCAUCAAAGUGUUUACUGGAGGUUUAAAAAGACAGAAAAAAUAAGAGCUACAAAAUAUUCAGAAAAGAAGAAACUCGUUUCCCAAAACCAGCGAAGCCUUUGAAUGGGUGAGCUGGUGUGUGGCUGCAGACACGACAGUCAGCCACUAGAGGGGGGACCUUCUUCCUGGGACAGUUACAUGAUCCCUCCCUCUAAUGUGAUCAGCACCUGUCACCGGACAUUUGGGGGUUUCAGGUGUUUUGGGAGUUUUCAGCCUUCUCUAUCAGCAUAGAACUGCUGCUAGCUGUCCAGACUAACUCUAGGGAGCGCUGCACCCUCUGCUCGUCAGUUUUACACGGACAUGGGCCAGCGGGCCGGACACUGGAGAGAUGAGUGUUGGACGUGGGAAGGGAGGAGAAAGGAAAGAGAGAAAGAGCCCAACUGGGGUUUGUGAUGUCGCUCAGAGGAAUAUGGCUGGUUAUGAUGUCUGGAGACUGAAAAAAAAAAAAGGACAAAAUUCCAUAAAGCCAUAUGAAUAAGAAAUAACUGUAUAUGAACCAUUAAAAUAGUUCAUUACAUUACUAUAUCCUAGGCUUGUCAUGAGGAAAAAAAGAUGAAAAGGAAAAAAGGAACAAAAAAAUAUAUAAAAUGGAAAAAUGUAAAAUACUUGAAUGAGAUCUUGUAUUAUAACAUUUAAUAUUCAUAAUAUCUGCUUUGUAGGCUGAUGUGAUUCGCUAUUAGUGUUAUUUGUAAUUUGUAGUAAUUAUGCUUUUCCUUAAUAAAGAAAAAAAACACAAAACGGACAAAAAAACCUCAAA